CGAGCACAGGUUGAAUGCUCGGUAACAAAGUAACGCAAGCCAAGCGUGCUGAGCUGAGAGGAGAGGAGAGGAGUGGAGAGCGGGCUGGAGAUGAACUUUAAUCUAUCGCGGCCAUAACUUUUCCUUUGAACUUUUCCCACACACUCACCCGUUGGCUUAUUAGGUCAGGGUGUGGAUGUGUGGCUUGAGAUCGCCCCUUCUUUAUUCGCGGUGUGGAUCUUUUCGUGAGACUAGUAGUUAGUUUGUAGUCUGCGCUUCACUUUGUCCGGGACCCUCUGAUCGCUCUGUUCGAGCUUCAGUCGGAAAUGGUGCCGUAAAAGUUUGUCAGCGAACAUCUCACAGCCACAGCGCCGCGCUCAAGUGGAUGGAAAGUACCGUGUUUUUUCACGUCUGCCUUUUCUGGAGAAAACGUCCUUCUAGCCGUGCAGGAUUACUAUGUUUCUUACUUGAGCCGCUGGCGUGAUUCCGGGCGAUCACCAGCACCAGCGGCAUUGUUCUGAUUGUUCUGCUCCGCCAGCAGCAGCACUGUGGAGCCUGUAACGUCCAGGAAUGUGUGCACUUACAUUUAGGCAGUAAACUCACGUGUUCAAGCGCUUCUGGAGUUUCUUACAGCUUCUCAAAAUGGAUAUUACCGUGUCUGAACUGAUGGCGAACUUCAUGGAGUCCCCGCUGGUGGUUUGGGUGAAGACCUUUGGGCCACUGGCCUCUAACUCGGAUGACAAGCUCUCCAUGUUCAUGGAGCUAGUGGAUGGGGUCUUCCUGCAUAAGAUCAUGACCCACAUAGAUCCAAAUCCUACAAACCACCGGGUGAACAAGCAGGUGAACAACGAUGUCAACCUAAGGAUCCAGAACCUUAGCACUGUUAUCAGACACAUCAAAAACUACUACCAGGAGAGUCUACAGCAGCUCAUUCUGAUGACUUUGCCCAACGUACUGACCAUCGCUAAGGACCCUUUGUCAGGGAAGAGCAUGGAGGAGAUGAAGAGGCUGCUGCUGCUGCUCCUGGGCUGCGCUGUUCAGUGCGAGCGUAAAGAAGAGAUCAUUGAGAAGAUUAAGCUGCUAGACAUCGAAACACAAGCAGCCAUAGUCUCCCAUAUCCAAGAGGUGACCCACAACCAGGAGAACGUUCUGGACCUGCAGUGGCUGGAGGUGGGGGAGCUGCCGGCUGAAGAGCUGGAUCCUCUGUCCCGAACCAUGGCCUUUCACCUCCGCAAGCUCAUCGACGAGAGGGAUGAGUACUCAGAGACGAUUUUGGAUCUGACCCAGGAGAGGGAUUACCUGCAGUCCCAGCAGCCCCCUAGCCCCGUGAGCUUCUCCAGCCCUGAGCGGCCCUCCCAGCUCUCUGUGCUCUCCAAAGAGGACCGUCAGCACCUGGCAGUGGAGCUCGCUGACACCAAGGCCAAACUGCGCCGCUCCCGCCAAGAACUAGAGGAGAAGACUGAGCACCUGAUGGACACCAAGAAUGAACUGGAACGGCUUGAUGCAGAGAUGCAGAAACUGAAGCAAGAGAACACUCAGCUGCUGGCCGAGGCACGGUCUGUACGGGCAUAUCGUGAUGAGGUAGACGCUCUGAGGGAGCGUGCAGGGAGAGUGGAUAGGCUUGAAACAGAACUGGCCCGGUUCAAAGAGAAACUGCACGAUGUCCACUUCUACAAAGCCCGCGUGGAGGAGCUGAGAGAGGACAACAUGACUCUGCUCGAGACUAAGGCCAUGCUAGAGGAGCAGCUGAGCACAGCUAGGGGGCGCUGUGAUAAGCUACACGAGCUGGAGAAGGAGAAUCUGCACCUUCGCUCCAAACUGCACGACAUGGAGAUUGAUAGGGAUAGUGAUAAGAAACGUUUGGAGGAGCUGCUGGAAGAGAACAUGCUGCUGGAGAUCUCACAGAAGCAAAGCAUGAACGAGUCUGCUCACUUGGGCUGGGAGCUGGAGCAGCUGGCUAAGAACAAUGAGGUCAAUGAAGCGCGCAAGUCAUUUGUGUUUGAAUUGAACGAGUCGACGUCCAGCCGAUUGCUGAAGCUGGAGAAAGAGAACCAGAGCCUGCAGAGCACCAUUCAGGAGCUGCGCGAGGCGUCGCUCAGCCUGGAAGAAGGCCAGCUCCAUGCCAUGGAGCUAGAGAGGGAGAACCAGGGCCUCAGCAAGAAGCUUGAGCGUCUCCAGACCCAACUGGACCAGGAGAAGCAGACCACACAGGACAUGGAGAGCCUGGGAGAGGAGCUACUCAAAGAAAAGCAAAGGCUGGAGAAAGCCCUGGAGACGCUGCAGGCAGAAAAAGACAAACAAAUCUCAGAGCUGGAACAGGAAAAGGAGCACCUGAAUCAGGCCGUCAGUGCACUGCAAAAGCGUGCCCAAGCAGACAGCGAGGCCCGCGUGCGGGAGGUGGAGACAGAGAACCGCGUCCUCCACCAAACCAUCUCAGAGACGGGCAGCCGGCUGGUGCGGCUGGAAGCUGAUAAGCGUCAGGCCACCAAGGAGCUGGAGGGCCUGCGGGAGCGCAGUGAGCGCUGUGAGGAGAUGGAGCGGGAGGUGGCACGUCUAGAACGUGGUCGCGAGCAGCUUCAGCGAGAGCUAGCCUCGCUCAGGAUCGCCAGUGAGCGUGCUGAGGCCCUGGAACGCGAAAACGCUAUCCUGGAACAGGACAACCGGCGGCUGAAGAAGCAGGCGGACACAGCGCAAAAUGCUAACGUGCGCCUUGCUGCAAAAGAGAAGGACCGUCAGCAGCUGUAUGAAGAGAACCUUGAGCAGCGGCGCGCCCUGGAGAGCCUCCGGCCGGCCGCUGCUCGCCUUGCCCAGUUGCAGCUGGAGCACAGUGAGCUGGAGCGGGAGAGACAGGAGCUUCAGGGCACUGUGGAAGAGCUCCGGGCCCAGGCCAAGCGCAGUGAGAGGCUGGAGCUCAGCUGCAGCAGCCUGGGUCAGGAGAACCAACGCCUGCAGCAAAGCCUGGACAACAGUGCUGCUAAAAUCCAGGACCUGGAGAGUGAACUGCGGGAGGCCGAGAACCAGAGCAAGGAGCUCCAGAGGGAGCUGGAGGAGCUAAAGCAGGCAGGGAGCCGAGCAGAGGAGGCAGAGAGGGAAAGGCGGUGCAUGGAGCAGGAGUUGGGCCAGACAGAAAAAGAGAGAAAGCAGCUAGAGAAGGAGGCACACAGGCUGAGGCGGCAGCUGGAAGCGAAGGAGGCGGUGCUGGAGGAGAGCUCACUCAGGUUGAGCAGCAUGGAGAAAGAGGGCACAGCCAUGAACAGGGAGCUGGCGCGGCUCCGAGAAGCUGCUGGGAGAGUCAAGGAAUUGGAGAAGGACAACAAAGAUCUGCACAAGCAGGUCACCAUCGACAAGAGGACCCUGGCCACUCUCCGAGAGGAGCUGGUGAAUGAGAAGCUGAGGGUGCAGCAACAGUGUAACGAGCUGGAGAAGCUCAGUCACGAACUAGAGAAGAUCGGGCUGAAUCGAGAGAAGCUGCUACAGGAAGAGCACAGUUGUGAGGACAAUAAAUAUAAAAUCCUGGAGACGAAGAUCGAGUCAACACUAAAGAAGACUCUGGAGCUGAGGGAGGAGAAGAUCCAGGGCCUGGAGUCUCGGCUGGAGGAGAGCAGCAGCUUGAACCAGCAACUGCGCACUGAGCUCACUACUGUGAAGAAGACCCUAGAGGCCCUACGGCAGAGGCAGGAGGAGGAGGCUGCUCACUCUGAAAUCUCCCAGAAGGCAGUGGAGCAGGGCCGGUGUGGCCCCAGCCAAGAGAAAUGGGAGACGGAGCAGAGAGAGGCCACCGCUGAGCUGCUCAAACUCAAAGACAGACUAAUUGAUGUAGAGAAGAACAAUGCAGCCCUGCAGACGGAGAAGCACCUCCUGAAAGAGCAGUUGAAGCAGCUGGACUCUCAGAACUCGCAGCUGAACGCUCAGACCCUGGCUUUGCAGAAACAGGCCUCCACACUGCAGGAGCAGAACACCACACUGCACAGAGACACCGCCAAACUACAGGUGGAGAAUUCCACGCUGAGCUCUCAGAACGCCUCUCUGUUGUCUCAGUACGGGGCUCUGCAGACUCAGCUGCAGGCUGUGGAGACAGAGGCGGAGGUGCUGCAGAAGCAGAGGGAGGAGGCGCGGGCGGCCCGGGACAGCGUCACGCAUGACCAUGAGCGACUGAUGGGCGUCCACGAGAGGCAGGCUGCUGAGUACGAGCAGCUCAUCUCCCAGCAUGCCGCUCUGAAGAGCAACCAGAGAGCACUGGAGCAGGAGCACAGAGCACUGGAGAACAAAUAUGUGGUGCUCCUGGAGCAGAAGGACGCUAUGGAGGCACUGGAGGCGUCUUUGCAGAGAGAACGGGAGAGUUUAGGCGAGGAAAUCCGCAAAAACACUCUGAUUCUAAAGGAGAACCGCGGCCUGAGGGACGAGAUGGACAGGCUGUCACACACGCAUGCGCAGCUGCAGCAGGAGUAUGACAGUCUGCAGCAUCAGACCAAGGAGCUGAAGACGUCUCUGAAUGAGUCUCAGCUGGAGCUGAACCGCUGGCAGGCGCGCUACGAUCAGCUCAAAGAGCAGCAUCAGGGUCUGGACAUCUCCAUGACCAAACUGGACAACCACUGUGAGCUGCUGACCCGCCUGAAGGGGAACCUAGAGGAGGAGAACCAUCACCUCCUGAGCCAGAUCCAGAUGCUGAGCCAGCAGAACCAAACUCUGCUGGAGAGGACCAUGGAGAGCAAAGAGCUCUACCACGAGGAGCAGAAGCAGUACAUUGAUAAGCUGAACUCAUUACGGAGGCAGAAGGAGAAGCUGGAGGAGAAGAUCAUGGAUCAGUACAAGUUCUAUGACCCGACUCCUAAAAAGAAGAGCCACUGGGUUGGAGCUAAAGCCAUAGCCAAGCUGAUUAAGCCCAAGAAGGAUGCUUCCCGUGAGAGGCCGGAGAGCACUCGCGAGCGAAUCCGCAGUGCACCAGACAUUCCUCUUCCAGAGAUCCCUGUCACCUUAGACUGCCCUGACAGCAGCCCACCUCUUCCUCCCCCUCCACUACCCCCUCGCCAGACCCGUCUUAGCCUAGACUCAUCAGUGAACCACUCAGUGGAGGAAAACCACGUCCAGUCCCCGGUCUUCUCACCCCCAACCAAUAACAAAGGUUUUAGUGACAGUGGCAUUUCCAGAUGCAGAGAGGUUUACAGGCCAGCAGGGGACAGCAGUGAGAACGUGAAUGGACACGAGGAGCUGAUGGUCAGGCGGAGGGCCAUAGAGCCAGGAGCCUCCUGUUCAACCCCACUGGACCAUAAUUCCCGCAUUGCACCAGGCUUCACACCCCCCAGCUCGCGGACAGGGCGCAGGCCUAUAGGAUUAAUCUCUGAGGAGAACUUGCGUCUGCACUCCCUUGAUGCUGGCUUUGGGUCUGGUGGCCAUGGAAACGCAGCAGGCCACAGGCCUGGCUCUGCCGAUUACAGCCGCAACACCUCCAGCAGCAGCUCUCCUGUCAACUCCAAAGGUUCUCUGGAGCGUCUGCAGGGCCGUUCUGCCAGUCUCUCCAGUGAUGAUGUAGUCGGGCUCAGUCAUGAGGGCUCUCGUCUCAGUCAGUCCUCUCUGCUGCCUCGGAGCUCCACCUUACCCUGUGAGACUCCGCCCACUCAGCGCUCCAAGCUACGCCCUGGCCCCGUCCGCCCUGCCUCACCGGGCAGUGAGAUGGUCACCCUGGAGGAGUUCUUGCAGGAGAGCAAUGCCCUCUCACCCCCCACUGUGCAGACAGGGAGUCGGGAGGACCUGAUGACAGACUAUUUCACCAGAGCAGGCCGACCAGCACCUCUGAGGGACGGAGCCAAAACCCCUACCAGUUAUGUCACCCCAACGGUCAAAACGACCUCAUCUGGAGGAGACGGGCGAGCCUCCAAACCAGGACACAGCGUCAAGCCCAGCAUCCGGCCUUCGGAGGUUUCCACACCCCUUUCUCAGUCUCAAACACUCCCUAACCGUGGAACCGGGAGCCGUCCAACAUCUCUGCAGCACUCGGGACCUCGCGGAGGGGCUAAUUUAAGUAGCAGCAGCAGCUUGAGUCGCACCUUCAGCCUGGCUUCAGCUGACCUCCUCCACUCUAACGGUCCUGAUAGCUACCGGGCUGAGGGGGGAUCACCUAGUCAGGCUGAAGGGUUCGUGAGGAGACAACGGGACAGGCCGCAGUCUGCCAGGCCCGUGAGCGGAGACCCCACCCACCUGUCGGUGGACCCCCGCCGCUUUUCUCUGGCCCAGUCAAGAGAUGAGCUGCUCUUGCCUGCAUCCUCCGCCUCCCCUCAGGCAGACUGGGGCUAUGGAGGCCGUCCCAGUGCAGCAGGAACCCGUUCCGGGACAGCUCAGGGACGUUCAGUCCCACAGCACCACCGCGGCGAGGUGGCACUAGUGACCCCCGUGCGGGCCGUCUCCAGUCUCAGGCUGGAGGAGGUGGAGGAGCACCGUGAGCCCAGGCACGCUGACCCUGUGCCACUAAAGAAGUCGGACUGUGGUGUAGAGGAGCGGCCUAUCAGCACCCCGGCCUCCCCAGACCCUAACAACGACCCACAGACAGUGUGGUAUGAGUAUGGCUGCGUGUAACCCAGGUGGAGGAAUCCCUCCCAUAGGUGCCUGGACAUUGUACAAUUAGGUCAAGCAAUCUCACAUUCUUAAUCAGGGCUUUAAGGAAUGGUGACAUCCACCUAAAGGAGUUGGUUAAGGUGAGGUCAGUCUGUCAGCACUCCCUCAGAAGGCUGCAGCCAACUCUGUCUACAGUGCAUUUGGGGGCAGCGAUGGUUGUUGACUUUUGACUGAUAAAGCUACAAAGCAAAUAGAUUUAAAAGCCCCAAAAAGCAUUUGUGAAACCUACUGAACCAACAAUGCAGAGUGUGCUCGCCUGCUUUCUAUAAACCUCCCAGUUCUACGUUCAGGACUCAUACAAAGCUUGGCGAAGGAAUGUGUUUGGGAAUGGACAUAGCUUAAGAAUGUAUUCCUUUUUUUUCCCCCCUCCUCUCCUCUAUUGAACACCAUUGAUUUCCAGCAGCUCUCUGCGGACGGCAGCGCCGGCCAGUUUGAGUUCUAUUCUGAAUGCGCAAAUCAAACAUUGGGCUUUUGCGUGAGGGACCGCUCCCUGGAUAAUCACAGAGUAAUUACAGUAUCCAUCUUUAGGAAGCAGAGGGGACAGCGCAAGUCCAUCAUUCAGACAGCCUCGGUGGGAUCGGUUACUGGAAGUGGCUCCUCGCUCUCGCUCCCUGCUGACAAGCCUAGCGCUCAACUCCUUUCCGCUGCUGUGGGUUACCACCUAUUUGCUAAGGGACCAGGCUUUUGGCUGUGCCUGUUGCUCGAGGGCACACAAAUGGAAGAUAAUGAACUAGAGGGUGAAAAUGAUAGAGUAAGAGAGAGAGAGGGAAGUAAAAGAGCGUUGAGAUGAAGUUGGUGGUGAAGAAUAAAGAGAGCAGGACUUUCUACACUGAAGUGACAUGUUGACUUGGAGAGGAAAACUUCUCGGGUUUUUUUCAUUUAUGUUUGAGGCAUUUCUAGUCCUCAGGGGCAUUUCUAGACAUGGUGUGUCAUCAGACAAUUAACUUUUCAACACCUGUGGGUUUUAUAUAUGUAAAUACAUUGAUAGAGCACUAUGCCAGCAGGAGAAGGCAGAGUCUAAACUGGAGUCUUAACACUGGACACAUUUGCCCUUUCUUUGCUUAGGUUUGAGUUUGUUUUAGUGUUGGAUUAGUCUUUACUGUACCAGUAACACUGCAAAACUUCCCAUGUUCUGAAGUGCUGGUUUAUUUAUUGUCUCCCAAAUUAAAUGACACUGUGUGUGUUUGUGCAUGUUUGCCCCCAAAUCACUUUGUUGUGUAGUAUAUGGAGCGUGCAGCUGAGUUGUGACAAACACGGCACAGUGUAAUUAAAGCAGGGAAGCCCCAGUGCACACAGCAAUUUGUAGACUGUGUUGUUUGCAUAUGUUUAGAACAGCACCCUGAUCUGUCCUGUUUCAUUAGUGGCACUCCUCAUUAGCAUGGCUUUUGCCAUGUUGUAAAAGCUUAAGAGGGGAAAAAAGAAGGAAUCGCUCCCAUAGGUGCUCGGACAUUGUACAAAUAAUUAAAUUAGUCUAACCUUUCAUGUGUUGAGGAAAAAGCUCUCUGGCUUACGUGUUGUUUGUCAGGGCAGUAAGGUGAGGUGCUUCUUGUUCUCCCUCAGCAAACCCACAUGAGUGCACUUAUUGUAAUCGGGGCACAAUCUGAACACACUUUCGGUUACCAAUGUAAAAACAUGCACCAUUUUCAUACACUACUUCACAAAGACCUUGAUUGUUACCUGUGAAGUUUUUUUUAUUUGAUUUUUUAAUUUUUUUUUUUUUUUUUGGAGUAGUCGCCCAAUAUGAUGUGUGUGUGUGUGUGUGUGUGUGUGUGUGAUCACUGUGAUUGAUACGAGUGUCUCUGUCCUUUUGUAUAGAAGAAGCUGUUGUCCAAAAACUGAACUCUUUGUAAUAAAGACUUUCCGAAUUAA